ACAUUUGAGCACGUGAACGGCACAUCCCCCACGGCAUGUGGCCCCGACCAGUUACGUAACGCGGGCCAACACCGGAUUUUUCAUGUCUGUGGAGAGGGGAACGCGCGCUCAUGUGCGGGCUAAGCUUUAGGACCAGGAACAGCCCUUCGCAGAAAACUUCCCUCCGAUGGGGCGACAGCUGCGGCCCGCGCCCCAGGCCUAGCGCUCCGCCCGCCGCCGCCAGGAACUGAUCAUACGCGUUCUCGAUACUAAUAUUUAGAUGAAUAUAUUUUAGAUGGUUCGUGUUUCUAUACUCGCAUGGUCACCACGUUGAUUUGGUAAUUAGACAGUGCGGACACGGAGUGUCAGUUGUGAACUUUCCGUGGGUUAUCGACGGAGCUACUUGUGAUACACGGCGAUCAGCGUAAUCAUCCAAGAUGAUCAACAUAGCGGGCGUGGUGUCGAUCAUCCUGUUCUACGUGCUGAUCCUGGCGGUGGGCAUCUGGGCGGCGCGCAAGAAGCCGGCUGGCAACGACUCGGAGGAGGAGGUCAUGCUGGCCGGGAGGUCCAUCGGCCUCUUCGUCGGCAUCUUCACCAUGACAGCGACGUGGGUGGGCGGCGGGUACAUCAACGGCACGGCCGAGGCGAUCUACACCUCCGGCCUGGUGUGGUGCCAGGCGCCCUUCGGGUACGCCCUCUCACUCGUCUUUGGCGGCAUAUUCUUCGCGAACCCGAUGCGCAAGCAGGGUUACGUGACGAUGCUGGACCCGCUGCAGGACUCGUUCGGCAGCCGCAUGGGCGGUCUACUGUUUCUGCCUGCUCUGUGUGGGGAGGUCUUCUGGGCUGCAGGCAUCCUGGCUGCACUUGGCGCGACGCUGGCCGUGAUAAUCGACAUGGAUCACCGCACGUCUGUCAUCUUCAGCGCAUGCGUGGCUGUGUUCUACACACUGUUCGGCGGACUCUACUCCGUGGCCUACACUGACGUCAUCCAGCUCUUCUGCAUCUUCAUCGGCCUCUGGAUGUGCAUCCCCUUCGCCUGGGCCAACCCCAGCGUCAAGCCGCUCUCCUCUAUGGAGGUGGACUGGAUUGGACGGGUUGAUCCGUCGUAUUACUGGUUCUAUCUGGAUUACGGCCUCUUGUUGAUCUUCGGAGGGAUUCCUUGGCAGGUUUACUUCCAACGCGUGCUGAGCAGUAAGACGGCAGGACGCGCGCAGGUGCUGUCAUACGUGGCGGCCAUCGGCUGCAUCUUCAUGGCCAUCCCCCCUGUGCUCAUCGGAGCCAUCGCCAAGGCCACAGCGUGGAACGAGACGGAGUACCACGGGCCGCUAACCCCGAACGGUGAGCUGACCUCCGACCAGACUUCCAUGAUCUUGCCGCUGGUGCUGCAGCACCUCACUCCUGACUUCGUGUCCUUCUUCGGGCUGGGAGCCGUCUCCGCCGCCGUCAUGUCCUCUGCCGACUCCAGUGUGCUCAGCGCCUCCUCCAUGUUUGCCAGGAACGUAUACAAGCUGAUCUUCCGCCAGCGAGCGUCGGAGAUGGAGAUCAUCUGGGUGAUGCGCGUGAGCAUUCUGGUGGUGGGCGUGCUGUCUACCAUCAUGGCGCUGACCAUCCCCUCCAUCUACGGACUCUGGUCAAUGUGCUCGGACCUGGUGUACGUGAUACUGUUCCCGCAGCUGCUGAUGGUGGUGCACUUCAAGCACCACUGCAACACGUACGGCUCCUUGGCGGCCUACAUCGUGGCGCUGUUGGUGCGCCUGAGUGGCGGCGAGAAGAUGCUCGGGUUGCCGCCGCUUAUCCACUACCCCGGCUGGGACCCCGAGAGCGAGGUUCAGCUGUUCCCCUUCCGCACCAUGGCGAUGGUACUGUCCUUGUUCACGCUGGCGUUCAUAUCCUGGCUCUCCGUGUACUUAUUCAACUCCGGGUACCUGAGCCCGGAGUCGGACUACUUCAACUGCGUGGUGAACAUCCCUGAGGACAUCCGGAGAGUGGACGAGCCCUCUGAGGCCGGCGAGCAGAUGUCAGUACUCGGGGGGGUGCCGGGCAAGUUGUACGGCGCUGCUUCCACGCUGGUCGGCCCUGACGAGAAGUCCGGCAGGAUUAAUCCAGCUUUAGAAGCCGAUGACGAUGACCUAGACGACCCAAAUGAUGGACCCACUCCCCUCUUCGGGUCCAGCAGCGCCCCCCCGCCGGUCCAGCCCUUCGGCAAACAAACGGCUUUCUGAGACGACGCCCUCUUCUACUAAUCAGUAGACCGGGCCCGCGCGACAACGGAACGAGAUAUAUUUUACGAUGAUUUUACUAUAGCUAAUAAACCUUUCUUUCGUGAAACGUUCGUUACAUCGAAAUGUACCCACGAGUGUCAGUAUGUUUCAGCGUCAGUGUAUGCUCAACGUUUACAUAUCAUGUCUAUCUUCCGUCAAGCACACUUUUGUAUGUAACAUAGUAACUUAUACAGUUUUAUUUGUAAUGUUAAGUGUAGCACAUACUCGUACAUAGCUCGCCGUGUGACGUAGGACACGGCGGUCGAAGCAAUAGUGUACGUACUAGUCGAUGUAUGGAAAAAUAAGCAAUGUUACCUUGUAGAGGGGGGUGCGCGCCGCGCCGGCGGUCGUCGAACAUGUUGAAACUUAAAGAGUUGUACUCGAUUCGUUCCUUUACAUUUUAUUGGAAAGACAUAAUAUGAAAUUAAAGAAACGGACUAAGAAAUCUUUAAAUGAAAAGAAAAUAUUCCAAUGUGUGAAAAUGAUGAAGGAACGACGGCCGGGCGGCGCGACUCGAUCUAAUUUAAAUAUAAUAUACUUAAACGAAAUGAUAAUGCAACUCAUACAUAUCAAAAUGUGAAUUAAACGUCGUUGUUAGAGAGAUAUAUACUUAUAUACAUACAUAUAUUAUUUAUAUUGAAGAGGAUUCCUUAUUUAAGUCAAUUAAUGUAGAGGAAUGGGCACUGUAUGUUCGUGCUUGUAGGGCGCGCUACGCGCCGCGCCGCGCGGUGACCACACUACGUGUCGUGCGCAACUGAUGUUGGAGGCCUAAUCCAGGUGGCGCUGGUGAUACACGCGGCGUGAGGUACGAGAAGCAGCGCCGGGUGUGUCGCGACGAUAUUAUCAAUCGCAGCUCGCGGGUGCGGGGGGGUUAACGAAUUUCUUUGGCUUUCAGCACCUGACCACUGUUAUUUAUAACGCGCGGCGCGUGAUCCGAGCGUUAAUCGCGCUAUCUGGACUUGGCCUUACUAGGAGGAUGAGUCGGCAAAUAUAAAAUAUAUUAUAUCGCUUUAAAAGCAUACAUAUCAUGUUAUUGAGCUCUGUUAAUAAUUAUA